UUUAAAGUAUAAAUUUUUAGGUCAGUUGCUUAAUAUCUAGUUUUUCUCCACCAAAAGUACAUCGGAGCAAAAAUAAGAAUGAAAUCGUUGGCAAUAAUUCUUGUCUGCACUUUUAUAAUUUAUGUAAACUGUCAAAACAAUCCAGCACCUGACCAAACUUAUGGAUCACAACAACAAACUGGACCCAAUCACAAUACUUGUAACUUACAAGCAAGUAUGGCAUAUGGACCAGCCAAACUUAAUCGUGAUAGAUUAUCCCAAUUUUUGAGAUGCAUAAAUGUGAGAUGUGGAAUGCUUUGAAGGACGAUCAACGACAUCUUCCAGAAACAAGGAAUCUUAUAUGAAAAACUUGUAUAUCUAAUCUAAUAUUUAAUUUCGCUCUUUACAAUAAAGUAAUGCUUUCCAGUCUAUUUCCGCUUCAAAAUAAAUGUUUUACAUUAUUAAAA